CCAAGAUGGCGUCGUGGCUGCCAGAGACUCUCUUCGAAAUUGUAGGAGAAGGCCCGGCGCCGAGCAAAGACUAUUACCAGUUAUUGGUCACCCGGUCUCAGGUGAUCUUUAGAUGGUGGAAGAUCUCUCUAAGGAGUGAAUAUCGAUCAACAAAACCUGGAGAAACAAAAGAAAGUCAUGAAGUCUUCCUACAGAAUUCACAUCUUCAAGUUCAAGUUGCCUUAAUAUUUGGUGCAAGAGUAUUAGACUAUAUCUUCAAUUUGUGCCAAGGUAAAUUUGACUUCCUUGAACGGCUCUCAGACAGUUUGCUCCUGAAUAUCAUUUCUUAUCUGGAUCUUGAAGAUGUUGCUAGGCUUUCUCAGACAUCACGCAGAUUUGCAAAGUUGUGCACGUCUGACAAACUGUGGGAGCAGAUGGUGCAGUCGGCCUGCGACACCAUCACUCCUGACAUGAGGGCCCUGGCGGUGGACAUGGGCUGGAGACAGAUGUUCUUCACCAACAAGUUCCAGCUCCAGUGGCAGCUCCGCAAGAGGAAACAAAAACACGGGAGCCAGAGAGACAAUCAACAUUAGGGACACAUUUUCCUGAGGCAUGGCUGUGCUACUCGUCAGUGUCCAGAUCUCUUGUGUCCUUCCUCGAGAACUAAGAG